ACACACGCACACACACACACACACACACACACACACACACACACACACACACACACACCCGUAUACACGCACACACACACACACAACACAAGCGUACGUGAUGGAAGAGGACGGGCUUGUGGACUUGGCUGCGUUGGAUGACGCAGCGCUGUUUGAUGUUGGAGAUGGCAAGGACACGACAUCGUUCUCGUUUUGUGGAUCUGAGUCGCCCAUCACCAACACCAGCGCACACGAUACCAAGCAUGGUGCAAGAAGACCCUUGCCGCGCACACAGUGGACUAAUCUCCCAGACACCGAUGACUUGGACGAUGUGGAGCUGUUUGCUUCGACGGAAGAAGACAAUGGCAAAGGGUUUUGGGACACGGACGACGAUGACUUUGCAGACCUGGUGGACGAUACCGAUUCGCUGUCGAGCGGCAGUCGCAAACCAUCAACGUCAACGACACCUCCAAUGUCUGAAUGCACAACAGGCAGCAACAGCAACAACGUUGAUGCAGCCGCUACCACGACGACGACAGGUCGCCCCAACACAACCAACAGCACAAGCGCAGCCAACAACGCCAACAGCGUGCAGUUGAUUGACCUCAGCAGUCCUCCUCCAAAGCAAGUAUGCAGUGGCAAAGUAGCGGCAAAGCAACCAGAGGGAGCAAUGGGUGAGACAAGCACAAGCGACGUUGCUGAACCACAUGGCAACGACACGUACCAGAAGACCAGCCAUGCUAGUGAAGAUGAUGGCAACGAGGAUGAUGACGAAGAUGAUGAGGUCUUCUUCGGAGAGCCAACCGUUCUUGAGCAAUGCUACGCCACCCUCCGCGGCCUCAAAGAAGAAGAGCAAGCUGGUAAGGGUGCAAGUGCGUCAAACAGCGAGCCAAGAACACACGCAAUCACAGACAGAGACGGUGGCGCUGGUGAAGCGGAACCAGAAGAGGAGGAUGACGAAGACGAUGAAGACGAUGAAGAUGAGGUGUUCUUUGGGGAGAUUUCGUCAAAGGAGUGCAAGAAGCGGGUGACGUUCCUGCAGCAGGCAUUGCAGCAAGACGCGCGCAUGCACAAGCAGGAGCAGCAAUGGAAGGCAAGGCAGCAGGAAGAGCAGGAGAGGAAGGAACGACAGGAGAAAGAGCGGCGAGCGCGGGAGGCGGCCGCUGCGGAAGAGGAGAAGAGGCGACAGCAAGAACAACACGAGCAAGAACAAAGACAAAAGUGGGCAGAGCAGAAAGCACGUGAGCGCCCUCGCCGCGUGCUGGCCGUAUUCCAGGAAGACUACGCCACAGACAAGACAAAGACCAAGGAGGAGGAAGACCAGCACCCCUCCAAGCUCGCACGAUUCUCAGGCCUCCCCAAACCAACAGCGCUUGGAUCUGACUCCCCGACAUUCACGCGGAGCAUCGUGUUUUGUGGCAAAACAAACCCCGGCCGCCUGCUGCGUGAAAUCACAAACAAUAAGCACGACAGCAACGCUGGUGAUGGCGGCAUCAAGCCCGCGAAGAAGCCACUUGCCCUCCAGCAGCGUACACAAACGGCAACAGCAACGAAUACGACCAAGCCGCUGCUUCAAGUGAUUGCAGCAACUGACCCGAAGAAAGCGCCUGUCACAGCUCUGCAACCGAAGCCAACGAUCACAACAACACGGAAAGCAAUGUCCGCAGCACCAACACCAGCAUCAGCAACGACAGUGCCAGCAUCAGCACCCGAGCUUUCCACAACAGCACCAACAUCAAGCGAGGCCCAGUCUUCCAUCAAGACGGACUCAGCUACAGCACACAGCACCAAGAAUGAAGACAAGGAGGAAGAAGACGUGCGGCCUGAACUGCUGAAUGCGCUGGCCCGCGCGAAACAGCAGCAGCAGCAACGCAAGCCAGCUGGAGCAAAGGCAUCGGCCCUGGUGCGCGGGAAGAAAGGGGCGCCAACAAGCAAGCGGCUGGCGGCUGGCACAUCGCUGCUGCGUCCUCCUCGCUGUGGCCUGCCAAGAAGAGCCGGAAGUGCGUUUACGCCCACAACAGUAGCAACAGCCGGUGGCAAUGGGGCCACAGCCGUGCCUUCGUCCAGUGCCACAACAGCAAGCACGGCAGCCACUGCUGCAAAAGGCAACACGAAAAGGUCACGGAAGACGAUGAAGUCGAGGCUGGCCGUGGCAGCACGAAGAGCACCAAAGGCAGUGACGGCGGCCCCAGCACCGCAAGCAAAGGCGCCGGUUGCAGCGGCUGAGGAGGCGCGCGAGCGUGAGGAGGCCUUGCAGCUGUUGGAGGAGUUCCCAUCCCCGUCAAAGGCAGAUGCCAAGAAUACGUGGAAGGUGUGUCACUCGCCCGAGGCACCAGGAGUCAACACAAAGAGCCAAUGGUCUCCCGUGAAGCGGCCAAGGACGUUUGAUGAGAUUCAGCAGCUCUACUACUAGACUACUGACGCCGCGAGGCGGGAAGAUCGCGAUACUGUGUGUCUGUGUCUGUGUGUGUGAGCGUGUGUGAGCGUGUGUGAGCGUGUGUCUGUGUGUCUGUGUGUGUGAGGCUGUGGACAGAAAGAGCCAAUGCAGUGCUUGCUUUGUUGCUGUACGAUGCAAGCUGCACUUGGAUUUCUUGUGUUGCAAAUGUGUAUUGUUCCUUGUGUUUCCUGUGUCCUUCUUCUUCUUCUUCUUCUUCUUCUUCUUCUUCUUCUUCUUCUUCUUCUUCUUCUUCUUCUUCUUCUUCUUGUGUUUGUGUUACCGCCGCCUCGUUUGUUUGCUUGAGUGAUGUGACAUGAUGAUAAUGGGAACUCUCCUACUGUCUGUACUUGUCUGUACUGUAGUACUGUUUGACCUGUUUGUUGGUAGCGCCAUCAGUCGGCCUUGCGGCUGCCGCGCCCCCGAGUGACUACCGUCACCCUGUCCUCCUGCUGUCGAUUCAGUGGAGAGUAAACAACUCCAGUAGUG